UUCAAACACUGCAUUCCGACAAACUUCUGACACUCGCAUAUACCUCCUCUUCAAUAUAGCAUAUAUGUCAGCUCGUUCCAUAACUAGCCACAAAAACUCACUUCUUACCUCUAUAAAACAUACAUUUCUUUCCUCUAAUAUCCUCAUAUGCAACAUUUUUGUCUUGUCACACUAGCUAUACCUUCAUGCAUAUUCUAUAACACAUACACAAUUUUUAGUUUAACUUUUAGUCAUUCCUCUACUGGCAGCAUAUACUCCAAAGAAUAUUUGUGAUACCACCUUUGUCACCGUCCUAAUACCUAGGCUCUUCUAUGUUGCCCUCUGGACUCAAGUAAUUGUGCCACUCUUGUCAAUCCAUACAUUCCUAAGGAUUUGCCGCUGCUUUUGAAAUGACUUUCCAGAGUUUAUUUUGAAGAAACUGUCACCACUGACUCUCCUAUUAGGAUAUCUUAAUGGCAACCAUCUCUCCCCCUAUAUCCCCUCUCCUUUGUAGAAAUAUUGGAGGGGCCUCUGCUUUUGACCGUCUUGAGGCUGAUAAAGCAAAAUAUGUGAAAUCCCCACAGGUGAUACAUCGCAGGCAGAACCCAGCCCUUAAUGCCACCCUUAGCCCUACAAUUUCACGAAGACCCCAACUGGCAUGUUACAAGAAUGGGCAGCAGGAAGAUCACUGUCUUAAUGGAAGAGACGGUUCUAAUACGCAGCAGCAAACACUCCCAUUCUACUGUAUUUCUAAGCAACAAACAAACCACUCUCAUAGCAUCCGUUACACUUCUACUAUGCAUUUCAAUUCUCCAUCACCAUAUGGAUGCCCUGGGCCAAAGACAGAAUGCUUACCUUGCAAGAGCCUAAGUCCUGCACAGCAGCAGAGACCACUUCAACCACAUGGUAUGAGUGAGCUACAAACUGAUCACACUCCUAGACCCAGUUAUGCUUCCACCUCACCUCAGUACCAACUCAGAACCAACCAAAGUAAUAAUGGAGUGCAGGCACCAAAUUCUCCCAUGGGUGUACCCCGUUGUGGAAGAAAAGUACGGCGACCAGACUCACUUAUUAUUUACAGGCAGAAAAGGGACAGAACACUGGAUGAAAAAGAAAAUAAUGAUGAAAGGGAAGGUUUCUUAGAACGGAUACUCAAUAGUACUCCACUUUUAAAAAGGAGGACCUCUUCUACUCAGGAUCCACCCAAAAUGUGUCUUCAUUCUGUGUCUGUCUCUUCAGUUGAACAGAGUUUGAUAGAGUCCUCUGUAUGCAACAUUCCCCUUACUGAUAAUUUCCGCUCACAGGAUACAGGGAGUGGUGAGCUGGACAGCUUUCCACCAUCUCAUGCACAUACAUUUUUUGAAAGUUGUGGGCUGGAGGGGAGUCUUCUGAACUUGAUUGAUAAAAAUUGUUACCACUUUGAGGGGGAAACGACACCAUUAGGGAGCUUAGAAUCUGUGGACAGACUGAGCAGUGGCCUUAAACUGCCUGAGGAGGAAAAGGAAGAAAAAACUGCAGUGUCUGUUGUGGAAAGGAAUGCAAGAGUUAUAAAGUGGAUAUACAGCUGCCACAAUGCACAGAGCACAAAGAAACACACAGAGAACCAAACGCCACGUGAAUCAGUUGUGUAAGUCAGGGACCAAAGUCUCCAAAUAUAUCAUGUCUAUUAAAAAUACAUAAAUGUCUCAAACAGAUACUGUAAUACAAAAUAAGGAUUUUUUGCAAAUAAAUAUGAAAAGUUUAAACAGUGAA